UGGCCUCAUUCGGACACGCUGGCUUCACCUCUUCAGCUUGUUGCCAACAAUAUGCAACCUGAGGCUCGUCGGCGUGGAAAUGACGUGUCUCCCCGCAAGUUUUGGCGAGCCCAUAAAGGAUGGGCUCUCCUCUCACUCACACUGAAGGACAGAGCGAAUGGGAUCAGAUACGACCAGGGAGGCGCACAGAGGAUAGAGAUACCAGUCUCGGUCUUGGGGAGGGAGAUAACAAACAGUGAAAUCAUAUUUACCGGAGGCAGUUAAGUGGAGGAUAAAACAGGAGAGCCCCCUCUCUCUGUCUGUGGGAACGGAGCCGCUGAGUGGACACAAAUGUGAGCGACGCGCACGGAAACGACUCAGGUGCAGAGAAACCAAACUGGCGGCGCACUUAGGAUGCAGAAGUCACCAGUGGAAGAUGCAAACUUCUUCUCCAAAUAUUUCUUCUGUUGGAUGUCACCGCUUCUGAGGAAGGGCUUCAGAAAGAAGUUGGUGCUGACAGAUGUGUAUAAGGCUCCUUCUUUUGAUCUGGCAGACAACCUCUCUGAGAGGCUCGAAAGAGAAUGGGACAGAGAGGUGGUGUCAGCCAAGAACAAGCCCAGGCUGAUGAGAGCGCUGGCCCGCUGCUUCCUCGGCCCUUUCGCCUUCUUUGGUGUCCUCCUCUACCUCGGGGAGGCUUCCAAGGCGGUGCAGCCUCAGCUUCUGGGUCGCAUCAUUGCCUCCUUUGACCCUAUCCACGUUCCAGAGCGGAGCCAGGGAUACUUCCUGGCCCUGGGCCUAUGCCUCCUCUUCACAGCCCGCUUCCUCCUGCUGCAACCUGCCAUCUUUGGCCUGCAUCACCUGGGCAUGCAGAUCCGCAUCGCUCUUUUCAGUCUUAUAUACAAGAAGACCCUGAAACUAUCCAGCCGAGUCUUGGAUAAGAUCAGCACUGGUCAGCUGGUCAGUCUGAUGUCCGCCCACCUCAACAAGCUAGAUGAGAGCUUGGGUCUGGCACACUUUGUAUGGAUCACCCCCCUGCAGUGUAUACUAUGUGUGGGUCUGAUCUGGGAGCUGAUCGAGGUGAACGGCUUUUGCGCGCUGGCAGCUCUGACUCUGCUGGGCAUCAUCCAGGCCUGGCUGUCCCAGAAGAUGGGACCUCACCGGGUGAAGCGAGGAGGGAUGAUCAGCCGCCGCCUGGCUCUCACCACAGAGAUCGUGGAGAACAUCCACUCUGUGAAGGCGUACGGUUGGGAGGAGGUUAUGGAGACCAUCAUCAAGAACAUCAGGCAGGACGAGAUGACGCUGACGAGGAAGAUCGGUUCCCUGCGUUACUUCUACAGCGCCUCGUACUUCUUUUCCGCCAUCUUGGUCAUCGUGUCUGCCAUUGUGCCACAUGCACUCAGUAAAGGCAUCAUCCUGCGCCGUAUCUUCACCACAGCCUCCUACUGCAUGGUGCUGCGAAUGACUCUGACCCGCCAGCUGCCAGGAUCCAUCCAAAUGUGGUACGACACACUGGCGCUGGUCAAGAAAAUCGAGGAAUUCUUGAUGAAGGAAGAAUACAGAGUGCUGGAGUACAACCUGACCACCACUGAACUGGAGCUGGUCAACGUGUCUGCAUCCUGGGACGAGGGCAUUGGUGAGCUGUUUGAGAAGAUCAAGCAGGAGAACAAAGCAAAUGGACACCUGAAUGGUGACGCCGGCCUAUUCUUCACUAACCUCUACGUCACACCUGUCCUCAAAAACAUCAGCCUGUACCUGGAGAAGGGCAAGAUGCUGGCAGUGGCUGGAUCCACUGGCUCAGGGAAGAGUUCCCUGCUCAUGAUGAUCCUGGGAGAGUUGGUGCCAUCGGAGGGUAAAAUCAGACACAGCGGUCACAUCUCCUUCUCACCACAGACUUCCUGGAUCAUGCCGGGCACGAUUCGAGAUAACAUCCUGUUUGGCCUGACCUAUGACGAGUACCGCUACACCUCUGUCAUCAAGGCCUGCCAGCUGGAGGAGGACUUUGCCUUGCUGCCUGAGAAAGACAAGACGCUCCUCUUCGAAGGAGGGGUGACCCUCAGUGGUGGUCAAAGGGCUCGCCUCGGCCUGGCCAGGGCUGUGUAUAAAGAUGCAGACCUCUACCUGCUGGAUGCACCUUUCACCCACCUGGACAUCGUGACGGAGAAAGAGAUCUUUGAGAAAUGCGUCUGUAAACUUAUGGCCUCCAAGACACGUAUUGUGGUCACCAGCAAAUUAGAGCAUCUCAAACGAGCAGACAAAAUCCUUCUGCUGCACAAUGGAGACUGCUACUUCUACGGCACCUUCUCAGCGCUGCAGGCCCAGCGCCCUGACUUCAGCUCCCUCCUCCUCGGCAUGGAAGCUUAUGACAACAUCAACGCAGAGCGACGCAGCUCCAUCCUCUCAGAAACUCUCCGCAGGGUCUCCAUCGAUGAAACCGCUGGCUUCCGAGGCCCAGAGCCAAUUCGCCAGUCUUUCCGCCAGUCACAGCCUCCAAUAAUGGUCUCUGGAUCCCAAGGCCAUCCUGGAAGUGAUGGUUACCCAGAAAAACGCAAACAGUCCCUCAUCCUCAAUCCCCUGGCAGCUGCUCGCAAGUUCUCCUUCAUCGGGAACUCCCAGCAGACUGCAAAUACUCCCCAGUCCAUGACGAUAGAGGACGGGGUUCGUGAACUUUCUGAGAGGAAAUUCUCUGUAGUACCUGAGGAUGAUCAAGUCGAGGAGGUGCUCCCAAGGGGGAACUUGUACCAUCAUGGGUUGCAGCACCUCAACGGGCAGCGGCGCCAGUCUGUCCUGGCGUUCAUCACAAACUCUCAGGGCCAGGAGCGUAGAGAGCAGAUGCAGUCCUCCUUCAGAAAAAAGCUGUCCAUCACGCCGCAGUGCGACCUGGCGUCUGAGCUGGACAUUUAUGCCCGCCGCCUGUCCAAGGACAGCAUUUAUGACAUUAGUGAGGAAGUGGAUGAAGAAGACAUGGAGCAAUGCUUCGCAGAUGAACGUGAGAACAUCUUUGAAACUACCUCAUGGAGCACUUACCUACGCUACGUCACCACCAACAGGAGCCUAGUCUACGUCCUAAUUUUCAUCGUCUUUGUCUUCGUCCUUGAGGUUGCUGGUUCAGUCAUUGGCAUUUUCCUCAUUACAGACAAGAUCUCGAGGGACAGCACAAACCCUUUAUCACCCAACUACAUCGAUGAGCAACACCCCAACACCUCGUCGCCCCCCGUCCCCCUGGCAGUCAUCGUCACACCGACCAGUGCUUACUACAUCAUCUACAUCUACGUUGCCACAUCGGAGAGCGUGCUGGCCUUGGGAUUCUUCAGGGGUCUCCCAUUAGUGCACACAUUACUCACUGUGUCCAAAAGACUGCAUGAACAGAUGCUUAGCGCUGUAAUACGAGCCCCCAUGGCUGUGCUCAACACUAUGAAGACAGGCCGAAUCAUGAACAGAUUCACCAAGGACAUGGCCACCAUAGAUGACAUGCUGCCUCUGGUGCUGUUUGACCUCAUACAGCUGACAUUGAUUGUUACGGGUGCCAUCUUCACUGUGUCCAUCAUGCGGCCUUACAUCUUCAUCGCUGCCAUCCCAUUAGCUGUCAUCUUUGUUGUCCUCAGAAAGUACUUCUUACGAACUGGACAGCAACUCAAGCUACUGGAGGCUGAAGCUCGAAGCCCCAUCUUCUCCCACCUCAUCAUCUCGCUGAAGGGUUUGUGGACAAUUCGGGCGUUUGGGCGUCAGACGUACUUCGAGAUGCUCUUCCACAAGGCUCUGAACACUCACACAGCCACCUGGUUCCACUACCUUGCCACGCUGCGAUGGUUCCUCUUCCGCUGCGAUAUGAUCUUUGUCCUAUUCUUCAGCACUGCUGCCUUCAUCGCCGUGGGAACCAACCAGGACAAACCAGGGGAGGUUGGCAUCAUCGUGACCCUCGCCAUGCUCAUCCUGGGGACUUUCCAAUGGGCUGUUAUCACCAGCAUCACUGUAGAUGGACUGAUGCGUUCAGUGGAUCGGGUGUUCAAGUUCAUCGACCUGCCAUCAGAGGAGCCGCUGCCAGGGAAAUCCGGUGUUAAAGGAGGCCCAGACCUUGUCAUCGACAACCCUCACGCCCAAGACUGCUGGCCCAACCGUGGCCAUAUGGACGUCCAGGGCCUCACUGUCAAAUACACAGAGGCUGGACGCGCCGUCCUCAGCGACAUCUCCUUCUCUGUGGAGGGUGGGCAGAGCAUGGGUCUGCUGGGUCGAACAGGUUCAGGGAAGAGCACCCUGCUCUCCGCUCUGCUGCGUCUUGCCUCCACUGACGGAGAAAUAUCCAUUGACGGCGUCUCCUGGAGCUCCGUCUCCCUGCACACAUGGAGGAAGGCCUUUGGAGUGGUGCCGCAGAGAGUCUUUAUUCUGACUGGCACUUUCCGGAUGAACCUAGACCCAUACGGACGCUACAGCGAUGAGGAGCUGUGGAGGGUAGCCGAGGAGGUGGGUUUGAAGUCGGUGAUCGAGCAGUUUCCAGACAAGCUGGACUUUCAGCUGGAGGACAGAGGCAGUGUGUUGAGCAACGGACACAAACAGCUGCUGUGUCUCGCCCGCUCCAUCCUCAGCAAGGCCCGCAUCCUGCUGCUGGACGAACCCUCCGCCUACCUCGACCCCAUAACGUUACAGGUCCUGAGGAAGACGCUGAAGCAGGCGUUCUCUGGCUGCACCGUCAUCCUAUCAGAACACAGAGUGGAGCCGUUGCUGGAGUGUCAAUCAUUCCUGAUGAUCGAGGGCAGCUCCAUGAAAAGCUACGACUCCAUCCAGAAACUGCUGAAUGAGACGAGUCACCUGAAACAGGCCAUGAGCCCCGCUGACCGGCUCCACCUCUUCCCGACGCUUCACCGCCUCAACUCCAGCAAGAGGGCGGCACCGCAGACUGCCAAGAUCUCGUCCCUGCCAGAGGAAGCUGAGGACGAAGUCCACGACACUCGCCUCUAACCGGCCAGGCACACACACACACACACACACACACACCCAACUCUAAACAAGGGAUUGAUCUAGUGAUGGGUCUAAGUGGUCAAUAGUAAAUAAGUUUGAGCCAUUAUCCCCCCAAAUUAAAAGUGAAACAGCAUCUGAAUCACUAUGGGACAUAAACUCUCCACCGGUGCCCAGACAAAUUAUUUUAUUCAAUAAUAGGAGAACUCAAUUCACACUCAAUCAUAAUUGAUCUAAAAAUCAAAGAUGAAAAAGUUUUCCAUCAUAUUGGCAUUAAACAAAAUUGACUUGUUUAUACUUGAUUUUUAAUAAAACAACAAAUUUUGACCAAUAUAUUGAUUUUUACCCUCAUACAGUAUAUUGUACACAUGCAAAUUAACAUGUAGCGACACAAGCACAGAUGACACACAGCUGGGUCACAUCCAUUUUACUGUCAGAUAAUGAGGCUGAAGUACGGAGCUCAUUUAUUGCCAGAAAUUUACACAAAUAUACAAGUGGGGGAGGAUGUUUUGCACACGUGUAAUAAAACGUUGUGUCUGUUAAAUUCUGCAUGAAUAUGAAUCAGGUGUGUACAGUGCAGAAUUUGGAGGCUGAGGUUACAGAAAUAGAACUUAAUAUUACAAGUGUGCAAAACUUAAGAGCAACGCCACAUGUUGACCAUUGACCAACACUGUACAACAUAGCAGCAAGUUUAGAAAAGAUUUGUAUGUAGCAAAAAAAUGCAGACAUCUGCAGGCUCUCAAAUUUAAAGCUUUUGUUGUACAUCAAAGUCACAAAAUUAGAAAAAUAAUAAGAAACUACAGUGUGUAUGUGCUGCAGGAUCUUACUUCCAGAAGCAUGGAAGAUAAAAUCCUCCAUGUAACAGGGACCACCAGGAGCAGAGCAAGAUGGCUAGACAUGUAAAUUAAGCACAUGAUAACACACCCCAAAAUCUAACUGGACGCUUUGUCAUUGAACCAUUUCAAGUGUCAUUGCAGGUUUCAGUCUGUCGGGUGUUUUUGGGGGCUGGGCAAAACUGUGCGAGGGUUCCUUCAGUUCUGAUCCUCAAAAUGUUUCUACUCUGAGGUCAAACAAUUAUAUUUGCUUUUGGGGGGGGGGGAUUGCAUUGUACUUUUUUAUUGUUUUAAAAAACAUUUUCAUUGGAUUGAACUAAGGGAUUACUUUGUAAGAAAAAUAUUUUGUUCUGACUAGUGAACAACUAGCUAGUUUUUACUGGAGUCUUCAGUCUCUUUAGAUUGUUUGAAUUCAGAAUGAAAUCAAAAUAGCAGCCACUGUAGAAGUCUGACUUAUUGUAUGCAUCUUGCAUAAGGGUGUGAUCAGAUUGGAGCUUUUCUUAUCUGUACAAUUACAAAGUGUAACUAUGAGCAUUGCAAGCAAACAGACAGCACAACAUUUACUCAUUAUAUCAUCCAGAGCAGGAACUAACAAUGCAGAAUAAAAAAUGAAUAAAAACGUUGCUGACUUCUCUGCUCAGUCUUAAGCCAUGUUGAUACUAAGCCGGCUAAAUUUGAAAACACAUCUUUUAUUUCCAUUUUAGCCUUUGUCCGCACUAAAGAGCAAUCCACAGCGGGAGCGUUUGAGUUUUUUAUUGAUCGUCACUCGUUCAUCUAACGGAACAGAUCUGCUUCCAUUUUAUUAAAAUGUACCUAAUAAUUACCUAGCAAUCUCCACAGGCAGCCAAAUCACACAAAUAUCCCAUCGUCUAUAUGUUGUGAAUAAUAACUAACUCUAUCUAUAAUGAUGGAUAAUGGCACCCAGUUUCACGAUGAGCCUUCCAGUUUCAUUGAACUUUUGUCAGCCUCUGGCCUUUCAAACUGUGGCUCGAGUCAUUGUAGAUUAAACUGAUGCAUGCUUCAGUAGUGCUUAUUUUACUUACCACCGGCGCCUUGCGUCUGAUGUGAAUUCCCAGUAAGCCUCUGCUUUUCACAACCAAAAACAGUUUUCAGAAACACUGUCCAGUUUGAAUAAGUCUGACAAAACUCUUCAAAACAAGACGGUGAAGUCCUGAAGUUGAUUCUGAAAACAGUGUCCAGAUGACUACGACUGAAACCUUUUCUACGAUCUGACAAAACUGUUCUCCCAUUUUAGUGUGGACAAGGAAAACCUCAAUUCAUUAUUUCUGUAACCAUUUAAUCAAUAUAGGUGUUGUCAUUAACCUGUAUUCAAUGUUAUCACACGACUUUGAAGCAUAAAAUCUGGAUUUGAUCAACGUCGCCAUUGUGAACAGGAAGCAUUAAUGAGCUAAAAUGAAAUUGUGAGUUUUGCUAAAUUGUCUGCAAACUUACACAAAGACACAAAUCAAGCACCAUAUUGGUAUACAUGUUGCGGUAUGUACAAACUGUAAUGGACCAAAAGAAAAUCUGUAUAUCCUACAGGAUAAAAAGAGAUCAGAGCUUUGUCAAACAGUUCUUCUAGGGAAUUAAGGUAAACUGCAGCAGUUCUGCAGACUUCUACAGUGGCUUCAUGUGUAUUGUGCUAAAGUAUCUUUGGUUAGUCAGUGAGACUCUGCAGUAGCUUCACUGCCGUCAACACACACAUCAACAGGGACACUGGCUGACGCUACUAAUGAGUGAUGAUUCAGAUACUUAUUGCUCUGUCUGAAUGCACUUUAGAGACACCCUGAGGUACUCAUCAGCUUUCACAGCAAGGAAACAGUCAAAAGAUUAAAUGUUGUACAGUUUUGAUUCCUCCAUAAAAUGAAGUGUAGAUGUAGAAUUGUGACCUUUGAUUACAAUUCUUGCUUUUUACUUAAAUUUUUCAGCUUUUUGUUACUUGGUGAAUUACAGAGGAGCCAAAAAAAAAAUUCUAUUUGAUAUAAAGUAUAUUUUUCCAGAACCACUGCUGUACAAACGCAAAGCAAACAUUUAGCAUUUCUUUUUCAUCAUUUUCAAAGUUCUAUCUGUACUUCCCUUGGAAACUGGAAACCAUUUUGACUCUUCCAACGACACUUUGGUUGAGGGAAGAGUGUGUUGCUCCUUUCAUACUGAAUAUAAGUUUUUGUAAAGCAGCGAUGCAGAAAAUUAAGGUACUGUGGAGAAAUGCCUUGAUGUGUUAACUGUGACGACAGAUUUUUUUUUUUUUUUUUUUUUUUUUUUUUACAGAGUAAAUAAAGAACUAAGCUGUUUCUUACUCAUAGGAAAGGGACACAGAUGUCCAAAAAAAUGUAUAAAUGUAUUUGUUCAAUCAACUAUAUUUCCAGUAAAACUAAAGAUUGAGAAUUUCA